ACAAAUGAAAUUUCAAGAAAUGGGAAUUACCCAUUAACGAUUAAUUAAUUACUAAUACGAGUUAGGACUCCAUUGGAAUUUGUCUUUCUCCCCAAAAAAAAAAACAGAGUAAACAUUUGGGCCGAACAAUCAAUCUCAUGGGCCACUUGCUCGACAAGUGAAGCCCAGAAAGAUCUUUCUCCGUGUCCCGUUGGCAAGCUCACCGCUGCCCACGUGGCAUUGUCGCAUCUACUAAAAUAAACCCGGUCGAAAAAGCCUUGCCUGCCGCCCCCUAAUCGCUCCUUCUCUCCUUCUUUAUUCAAUCGAAAGGGGGAAGAAAUUUCACACGGCUUUUAGGGUUUUAUCAGUUUCAGCAAAUCAGGCGACGAUGGCGAGAAGCAAUCUCGCCCGCUUAUUCUCCAACUUGCCCUCCUCCUCCUCCCCAGCAAUCCCUGCCGCGGCGCCCCUCACCAGAUCCGAUUCGGCGAUUAGCUCGCUCAGCAGACUCGUGAGCACGACGACGACGACGACUCAGCAAUCCCGGGCGCGCGAGGAGGAACCGCCGAGCAAGAAUCCGAAUCCGGAGGCUGACAACGAGAAGGGAUCGAAGGCGGAAGUAGAAGGAGAAGAGGGUGAUGAAGAUGGCGAGGACGAGCUUGACCUGAACAAAGAUACGGGCGAGAUCGGCGGGCCCAGGGGUCCCGAGCCGACUCGGUACGGCGAUUGGGAGCGGAACGGCCGAUGCUACGAUUUCUGAGCCUCGAUCUAGAACAGUCGGAAUUUUAAAUUUACCAUUAUAUCCCUCCUCUUGUUGAGGUUAUGUUUAGUCGAGGAUUAGUCAGACUUUUUAAGUUUGAUUUGAAUAAUUGGUGUUUGAGUUUAACUGUUAAAAGUGUUUAUAUAUAUAAAGUGGCGGGUUUGUCUUGCCCGCCGGCGGUGGCAGAUUGCUUUUUUUUUAUAUUUCCUUUCAGUGUGGGCCUUUCCGUAUUGUAUUUGUGGGCUGAGCCCAAAUUUGACCCGAUGUGUUGAAGUUGGGCUCAGUAGGAAAACUCUAAUAUACGAGAAUUUGACAC